AUGCAGGGCCUGGGGUCACGCGAAUAUGAAGAUCGCGCAGAUACCUGCAGGCCCCCCGAACUCGAUCGGAUCUUGGAAAUGCCAUUGAUGGAAAAGAAACAGCGUGCCGAUCAUGAAUGGGAUCCCAGUGAUCAUUCUCCCAAUAUCUACAUAGAUAGAGAUAACCUAUCUGUAUUUUCUCGCAUCGAGUUCGGCACUACAGUUGAUUGUGUCCGCGGAGCCGUCGCCUACCGUACUGGCUUCCACGUCUGGGAAAUCAAUUGGCCACGCCAAGAUCGUGGCCCAGCAGCUAUCAUCGGAUUUGGGAAUCGUCUCGUCUCCCUCUGCAAUCCACAAUAUCGUCCUAUCCUUGGAAUAGAACCGAACAGCUUUGGAUGGAACAUCAGUCAAAAUGUCACCAUCACCCAAGGAGGCAAAAGAACUCCAUACCCACAUGGAUUGGCCCGGGUUGGACCAAAUUACACAGUCGGCGACACUUUCUACUGUAUCCUCGAUUUGAACGAGGGCACAAUGGCAUUCGCGACUGAUACCCAAUACUUGGGUGUAGCCUAUCGAGGGCUGAGAGGACCGCUGUAUUUAAUGGCUUCAUCUGAACAGACACAUUGCCAAGUCACUCUCACAUAUCGUGGUGGGCUGAAUGGGGUACGGCGUUUGGAAGAACUCUGUCGUGCACAGAUCCGUCGAAACAUUGGCCGGGGAAAUUUCAAGACGGUCGUUCAUCUCCCGUUGCCCCGUCAUUUGAGGCGCUAUAUUCUUUUUGAGUAC